UGCAAUGUCGAACGAGCCCAAUACCAAACCAAUCAGGUGUUCGACGAAAUGAUUCUUCAGACGUCAUUGAUCACGUGCUGCUGAUAAAGUGACACUGCUUUGAAUUAUACCGCUUAGCGACUUCAGUAAAUGCCUCAUAGCUCCAGUCUCAAACUUAACCCAAUUCCUGUUGAAGAAGAUAAGGUCUGCUGGAUGGAGAAAGAAGCUCUCGUGAAAGAGGAGGAGGAAGAGGAGGCUGUUACAAUACAAAAACAAGUAGAGGUCGAGGCUGUUACAGUGAAAGAAGAGAAAGAUGUUUCAGUUAAAGAAGAGGAAGAUGUUUCAGUUAAAGAAGAGGAAGAUGUUUCAGUUAAAGAAGAGGAAGACGCAUUCAGAGUGAAAGAGGAGGCAUACGACGUUUCAGUGAAAGAAGAGGAGGGGGAGAUGACUGUCACGUCGAAAAAUGAAGAAGAGGAGGAAACUGGAUAUCUGGUCCCGGUUUCCCAAACGCAUCUUAAGGCAUCCAAUAGUUCAAACGGUGAACUUAGCCAUAAUAUGGUUUUGAGAAACCGUUCCCUGACUAACACUCGAGAGAGACGUGACUAUCCUGGAUCCUCUGGGGGGCCUCAACAACAUGAUGAUGACGAGGCAGAGCAGAGUCUCUCCACGUCGAAACACCAGCAGAGACCCACAGGGAAGAAAUCUCAUUGCUGCUCCGACUGUGGGAAAGGUUGCAAAUCUUCAUCAGAACUUAAAAUACACCAGAGAACACACACCGGGGAGAAACCUUAUAGCUGCUCUAACUGCGGGAAGAGUUUCGUAAGAUCAGAUACCCUAAAAAUACACAUGAGAAUUCACACAGGAGAGAAACCUUAUAGCUGCUCUAACUGCAGGAAUAGUUUCUUAAGAUCAGAUUUACUAAAAAUACACAUGAGAAUUCACACCGGAGAGAAACCAAAUAUCUGUGAUCAAUGUGGGAAGAAUUUUACUACAUCAAGCCAUCUGGUUGUACACCAGAGAUCACACACAGGAGAGAAGCCUUAUAGCUGUGAUCAAUGUGGGAAGAGUUUUCCAACAUCUGGCCAGCUGACUUCACACCAGAGAACACACACAGGAGAGAAACCUUAUUUUUGUAAUCAAUGUAGGAAGAGUUUUACUACAUCUAGCCAGCUGGCUUCACACCAGAGAACACACACAGGAGAGAAACCGCAUAGCUGUGAUCAAUGUGACAAGAGAUACUCUGAUAAAAGAUGUCUGAUCAAACAUCAGAAAAUACAUACAUGAAGAAGUUGUUUCAUGAUAUCAAUGAAAUGUCACAACGUAGAAUGUUUUAACAUUGUAGUAGGAAUAUUUUAAUGAUGUUACAAUUUAGAAUGUUUUAACAUUGUAGUAGGAGUAUUUUAAUGAUGUCACAAUGUAGAAUGUUUUAACAUUGUAGUAGGAGUAUUUUAAUGAUGUUCUACCUUAUCGUUUGCCCUGUUCAAUUGAUUGCAGCAUGAUAUGGAUAUUAGCCUCAGGGGAAAAUCCAGGCUCUGAAUUGAAAGAACAUUAUUUAACAAAAAAUGAAUAACAAAAAAAGAGCUGUGUUACACUUACUGUGUUACACAAAAUGCAGGACUUCAAAAUGUAGCUAGCUGUUUUCUACAAGUUUAUAAAGCUGCUUGUUUAAAAAAAUACAUGUAAUAUGAUAAUUGUUGCAGAUGUUUGUGUAUAUACACACAUGAAAGCAGUAUAAUAAAUUGGUCUAUAAUCAAUUUUA